CUUUCUCUUCUCUCUCUUCGCUCUCCUCUUUUUGUUUCUCUCUCCGAUAUCGUCGGAGGAGGACGGUGGUGCUGACGACGCCUUAAUCCGCCAGGUGGUUGGUGACGGCGACGGCGACGGCGACGCGCAUUUGUUGGGAGCGGAGCAUCACUUCGCCGCCUUCAAGCGGAGAUUCGGGAAGGUGUAUUCUACGCUGGAGGAGCACGAUUACAGGUUCGCGGUGUUCAAGGCUAACAUGCACCGCGCGAGAAGACACCAGAGGAUGGACCCCUCGGCGGUUCACGGCGUCACGCGGUUCUCUGACAUGACGGAAUCUGAGUUCAGGAAGAACGUUUUGGGGCUGAGAGGGGUUAGGUUGCCAUCUGAUGCAAACAAAGCUCCUAUUCUGCCAACAGCAGAUCUUCCCUCCGAUUUUGAUUGGAGAGAUCAUGGAGCUGUUACCCCUGUCAAAAAUCAGGGUUCUUGUGGAUCGUGUUGGAGUUUCAGCGCAACUGGGGCACUGGAAGGUGCUCAUUAUCUAGCUACCGGGGAACUUGUUAGUCUCAGUGAACAGCAGCUAGUUGAUUGCGAUCAUGAGUGCGACCCAGAUCAACCAGGUUCUUGUGACAAAGGGUGCAAUGGUGGAUUGAUGAACAGCGCUUUUGAAUACAUCCUUAAAUCCGGUGGGAUCAUGAGAGAGGAAGACUAUCCUUAUAAGGGUAGUGAUCGUGGAACCUGCAAAUUCAACAAGACAAAGAUAGCAGCAUCAGUAGCAAACUUCAGUGUAGUUUCACUUGAUGAAGACCAGAUUGCUGCCAAUCUUGUUAAAAAUGGCCCUCUUGCAGUGGCUAUAAAUGCUGUAUUUAUGCAGACAUAUAUUGGAGGGGUUUCAUGCCCAUACAUAUGUUCAAAGAGGUUGGAUCAUGGGGUGUUACUGGUGGGAUAUGGCUCUGGAGGCUAUUCUCUGAUUCGGAUGAAGGAGAAACCAUAUUGGAUCAUCAAGAAUUCAUGGGGAGAAAAUUGGGGAGAAAAUGGAUACUACAAGAUUUGCCGUGGACGGAAUAUCUGUGGGGUGGACUCCUUGGUUUCAACUGUGGCAGCUGUUCAUACCACUGCUCAUUAGGAUGUUUAACCUUGUCAUUUGUCUGUACAUAAAUCCUGGUCUUAAUUUGCUGUUUCUUUGUUUCAUCCUUAGGACACGCAUCAUUGCCCGCAUUUUAAAGUGGGGCUAGAAGUGCUAUUUAGUAUUUACUUUUUAAGAUGUGCAAUCUGAUAAACAGUUUCUGGGAAACUCUUUCAUGAACAAUUAAUUGGAUACUUAUUUUCCUUUGUAAUGACAAAUUGCAAAUUAA